ACAGGGAGCCGGGCGGCACACGGGGGCAACACACCUUUCUGCACUCACACGGCAAAGGCACAGCAUCGAGAAGAAGAGUCAGGAGAAGAGAGGCACAGCGUGAGGAAGAUAGGGGGAAAGGACAAAAGAAGAGAGGCAGGGAAUAACUGAGAAGAUAUGGUACGCUCAUGUGAACAAGGGAUCCCUGCCUGGGUCGCUGUGGGCACCCUGCUCCUCUUAAUCAACUCUGUCACAGUUAGAGGAGCUGCCCUGAAGCAGGAGAUAGCAUUGGACAAUGGGGCCACGGUGCUGAAUCACACCAUGAGUUUGGUGCAGCGUAUGGAGACCCUGCUGGCCCUGGGGAACGGCAGUGAUGUCACUCUCCGGGUGCAGACCAUCAACACGGACGAGGUGAAGGUGAUCCAGGCCCACAGUCUGGUUCUCACGCUGCAGAGUGAUGUGUUUGAGGAACUGCUGCUCAGUCGCAACAACAGCGCUGUGGUUUUGAGGGAGACUCCAGACUGUGUGGCUGUCUUUGAAAAGUUUGUCAGGUAUCUGUACUGCGGUGACAUCUCAGUGCGGCUAGAUCAGGCCAUUUCUCUGCAUAGGCUGGCCAGCAAGUAUCAUGUAUGGGGCUUGCAACAGGGUCUGACCCAGUUUAUGACCCAACAUCUGUCUAGUGAUUCACCCACAGGCCAUGUGAUUGGCUGGUACAACUAUGCAUUACAAAAUGGGGACAUGGUCCUGCGAGACAGCUGCCUGCAGUACCUGUCCUGGAACCUGUCUUCUGUGCUGCAGAGCGGAGAGUGGAGCUCCAUCAGUGAAGACCUUCUAUUUUCCUUGCUCCAGCGCUCUGAUCUCAUUCUACAGAGUGAGCUGGAGCUCUACGAAGGACUGGAGGCCUGGAUUAGCCAGAACCAGCCUGUCAGUUCAACGGUAGAAAGUGCCCUAAAGGCUGUUCGAUACGGCAUGAUUCCCCCUCAGCACCUCUUCCGUCUUCAGAAGCAAUCCCCCCUCAUGCAGAAGCAUUACGAGUCUAUCCGUGAUCUACUCUACCUAGCUUUCCAAUUUCACUCCGCCUCACCUAUCCAACUGGCCAAGUACUUUGAUGUUAACUGCAGUAUUUUCACUCCCCGUAACUACCUGUCCACCUCCUGGGGUUCUCCUUGGGUCAUCAAUAAUCCCACCCGUGAUGACCGCAGUUUCAGCUUCCAGACCCAGCUCGGACCUAGCGGCCAUGAUUCCAGUAAGCGAGUGACCUGGAACGCCCUGUUCUCCCCUCGCUGGCUGCCACUCAGUGCCAGGUCAACUUAUACUGAGCUGGGUGCCCUGCAGCCUACACGCACAGAUGGUGGUCGACCUCGCAUCAUUGUAACACCAGCCACUUCUAGCCCAGACUUUGCCGGUGUGAGUUUCCAGAAGACAGUGAUUGUGAUGACAAGACAGCAAGGAAAAGUGGUUGUUCGCCACGUCUACAACUUCCACCAGAGCACAGAGGAGGCCGGGGAUUUCCUGGUGGAUGCCGACCUGCAGCGCCGUGCAUCAGAGUACCUGAUUGACAGCUCCCUCUUUCUGCAUAUUGUAAUAAAACCUCUCUACCAUACCCUCCUUGUUGCCAGGAAGUGAAGGCAAGAAUUUGGUCUGGCCUUGCCAUCGGUUAGCCACCCUCCAGCCACACAACCACACGCACAUAUUCCAAAGUAAACUCAUAUCACAGCAUGUGUUUAUGCAUCAGGUCUGUAGCAUCUCUAUUUGGCAAGGAGGUGUUUGUUACAAUACAGAAAACUAAAUUAAACAGCUCAGCAGUGAUUAUCACAUAAACAAUGGUAGGUUUUUCAGUAUUUCAUGUUAAGAAAAAGAAACACUUGUACUGUAUUUGUUCAGGUAUUCUAUAGUCCAGCUCUUAAAUGUAUUAAAUGUAUGUGAUCGUUAUUGUUGUUUGCAUAGGUAUUACAUAAGUCUUUCUUUAAAAUAAAAAGUUAUUGCUAUUGAUUUGAUGUAUUUCACUAUUCAGCAGUCAAAUAUAGAUUUUUAGUUCAUGGCACUUAUGACAUACACGUAUAUACUUGUUUGUUGUUUACAUUCCAACAUGUAAAAUAAAGUACAAUCCCAUUA